GGCCGCUCGCCUGGACACAGGGCGGGCAGAGAGGUGCCAGGGGUGGCAGCACCAAGGGGCAGAGAUGAGAGCACCCUACUCGCUGUCCUGCCUCUUCCUCCUGAGCCUGGGAGCCUGCUUCCCUCCCGGCGAGCGGUGGGAGCCGGGAGAGCCCGGGGAAGGAGCUCUGCUCGGUCCCGGCUGGCAAACGGCGGCGGAGGGCCGGGGUCCCGGCUGGAGGGCAGGGGCAAAGCGGAGGAGAAGCGAGGAGCUGGAAGCGCUGCUGAGCAUCGCCCGGGAGCUGCGGGCACACGGCAGGGCCGGGCAGCGGCCGGGCAGACGCGGGGACCCCGAGCUGGUGCCCAUCGGAGGGGAGAAGCGCAGCGGCACCCUGGGGAACCUGGCAGAGGAGCUCAACGGCUACAACAGGAAAAAAGGAGGCUUCACCUUCCGCUUUGGGAGAUGAGAGCUUGGACUCGAUUCCCCACCUCCCGCGGGUCAUCCCCGUCCCGUCCUUCCCUUCCCUCUCACCUGGGUUUGCUCGGACUAAAGGGUAUUGGGGGGUUUUGCUGCUGCCUUUGCUCCGCUCCCAGCUCUGCUCUAGAUCUCCCAUCCCUGCUCCCGACCUGGAAUGGAAGAAGAGGACGGUGCCUUGAGGAGAAAUGACCAAAUCCCUUCCCUGAUCACGCACAGCUUUUGCUGGGGCACAGGGAAGGGCCUGGUGCUGGGUCUGCGGUGCUGGCAGAGAGCAGGGAUGGCACAACAGGACAGGCAGCAAGGCUGGAGGGUUGCAGCAGGGUAGUUCUGGUGCUGAGAGUCCCUGGGGACUGCCUGUAGUCCAGGGCCAGCCGUCAGGGAGGAGAGGGUCCCUCAGAGCUCUCCACCGAGCUGCUGCUCUCCUGCCUAUUAAGCAAAAGUCCCUCCGGCAGCAAAUUCUGCGUAGUGUCAAGAUGCCUCUUACACGAGGCAGCUCCUGCCUGCAAAACCAGGGCAGAGCAGCGGGGUUCGAGAAAACCUUGUCCUUAGCAACCCCAGGUGUGAGCACAGAAUCCUGCCCUGGCACCGCCGGUCCUGCUCGUGCCCCGACCCCCAGACUCCUCACUGGGGUGAGAGAGAUACCUGAGAUCCCCGAGACAUUCCUGACCUUCAGUGUCCUUGUCACAGCGCCCCAGCUCCUGCCUGACAGCCCGGCCCUUCCCAGCGCCCUCCUGGCCUCAUCACCGCCUAACCCCAGCUGUAGCUGCUGCAGAACUUGGGCGCAGAGGGACAGAAACAAGAACUUCUGCACCUACCAGGAGCACUGAGAGGUGCUCAGUGUCACUGGUGCUCCAGUGGUGCAGCUUUGGGAACCAUUAGCCCCAAAAUUCAGCACGGGAAGAGCCCCACUGCCCAGGCACUGCCUUCCCCUCGUUUGGGCAGAUUUAGCUCUGCCAGUCCCAGUGUUUUCUCCGUGCCUGCCAGAGGCAGCAGCAAUCAGAGCUCUAACUACCUGCUGCAGGCACUAACGGCAACUUACACACUGAGCCACUGCUGAUAUUUCAUUGCAGGCACAAAAAUGAGCCCGGAGAUGAUUUGCAAGCGCUAAAUUGCACCCUCAAAAAUCAGAGACCGUGGCGGGACUUGGUUGGAGGAGUAAAAAGAUUUAAAAAAAAAAAACCCUAAAUCAGGCUGCAAGAGAUGCAUUGUAAUAUCCAUCAAGCAGACAGACCACUUAAUGCAGUGCUGCGUGAGUCGCUCUGGCAGCAGGAGCAGUGAGUGAGGCUGAAUGGAGGAGCUGGAACCCAGGGGAAAACACUCGUGGGGCAGCAGGUCCGGGGAGCACUGGGGGCAGGGGAGCAGGCUCGUCCAGGGAGGGAGCAGAACGGGAGGAAUUCCAGGCUUGCAGACAGUGCCAGGAUUAUUUGGCCCUCACGAGAGGACUGCCAAGGUGAGGAAGGGCAUUUCCUCCCCCUGCAUCCCUGCCCAUCUCCCACCGGCGAGCACAGCAGCGACCACCGACGGCUCUCGGGGUGGCCGAGCCCACGCAGGCCCCCACCCCAGGCACCCCCAAACCCAUCCCCGUCCCUCUCAAUCCCCCCUGUCUGGAUCGGGACG